CAGGGGGCAGGGCAAGUUAAGACAAACCCGAGCAGAGUAAAGUAGGCAGUAAAACUAGUGCAGUUGUGGGCUGACAUGUCAUUUGAGCUUGAAGAAGGAAGGGGCAAACUCGAGACAGGACUUGGGAAGGACUGACUUGGAUCUCUCUGAGCCUGUGAGCUUUUUUAAGAAAUCAGUGGAGAUCCCUGAAAGGCGUGUGUGUGUGGGGGCGUGUAUGUGUGUGUUUGCAUGUAACUGUAAGGCAUUACGUCCAUAAGGCGAUUCUACAGCUGCCAGUCUCUCAUCAGGUGUUUGUGCUAACAGGAAGAAUGCUGGAACAUUGCCUCACGUUUGGCCGCUCCCUUGUGAGAAGGAAGAAUGUGGACCAGGACUGUCUGGAGGAGUCCAAGCUGUGCCGAUGUCUCUCCACUGUUGAUCUGAUUGCCCUCGGGGUGGGAAGUACACUUGGGGCCGGUGUCUAUGUGCUUGCUGGGGAGGUGGCCAAAAGCAGUUCUGGCCCCAGCAUUGUGGUGUCUUUCCUCAUCGCUGCUCUGGCAUCUGUGAUGGCCGGCCUGUGUUAUGCCGAGUUUGGUGCGCGGGUACCCAAGACGGGCUCAGCCUAUCUGUACAGCUAUGUGACCGUGGGGGAGCUCUGGGCCUUCAUCACAGGAUGGAACCUCAUUCUGUCAUACGUCAUAGGGACCUCUAGUGUGGCACGUGCAUGGAGUGGGACAUUUGAUGAGCUUAUAGGGGGCCACAUUGAAAAGUUCUGCAAAAUGUACUUCAAAAUGAGUUUGCCCGGCCUGGCAGAGUACCCUGAUUUCUUUGCUGUCUGCCUGAUCUUACUACUGUCAGGUCUUCUCUCCUUUGGGGUGAAAGAAUCAGCUUGGGUAAACAAAAUCUUCACAGCCGUAAACGUGCUUGUGCUGAUGUUUGUUAUCAUUUCUGGAUUUGUCAAAGGAGACUCGCUCAAUUGGAAUAUAUCAGAGGAAUCUCUCAUAAAUGUUACCAUUGUCACAAGGAAUCUCUCACACACUGCUAAUGUCACCAGUGAUUAUGGGGCAGGGGGAUUUUUGCCUUAUGGCUUUGACGGGACACUGGCUGGUGCAGCCACAUGCUUUUAUGCCUUUGUGGGAUUUGAUUGCAUUGCAACCACAGGUGAGGAGGUGAAGAAUCCCCAGAGGGCCAUUCCCAUUGGAAUAGUUGUUUCCCUACUGGUCUGUUUCCUUGCCUACUUUGGUGUUUCAGCGGCCCUCACCCUCAUGAUGCCCUACUACCUGCUGGACGAAAAAAGUCCUCUGCCUUUGGCUUUUGAAUAUGUGGGCUGGGGGCCUGCGAAAUAUGUUGUAGCAGCAGGAUCACUCUGUGCUCUAUCAACCAGCCUGUUGGGCUCUAUGUUCCCUCUUCCCCGCAUUCUGUUUGCCAUGGCACGAGAUGGCGUGCUAUUCAGAUUUCUUUCCAAAGUGAGUAAGCGUCAGUCGCCAGUGGCUGCCACUAUGGCAGCGGGCACUACCGCGGCUAUCAUGGCUUUCCUGUUUGACUUGAAAGUGCUGGUAGACAUGAUGUCUAUUGGAACCUUGCUGGCAUACUCUUUGGUGGCUGCUUGUGUUCUAAUCCUCAGGUAUCAGCCAGAUGCUGCGUUUGAGAGGUCUAGGAUCAAUGAAGGCAAGGAAGAGGUUGGUGAGUCUGAACUGACAGAGUCUGAGUCUCACCUGAACAUGCUGAAGGACGGAAGCGUAACCCUGCGCUCUCUGCUCAACCCUCCACUGCUGCCCACUGAACAGACCUCCACUGCCGUCAAUGUGUCUGUUAUGAUCAUGGUGUUUGUUGUGUGUGUUGUUAGCACACUCAACACGUACUACGGACAGGCCAUUAUUGCUAUGGAGCCUUGGGCCCUGGGGGUCUUGGGUGCAUCUUUGUUCAUCUUCAUCAUGUGCAUGCUUCUGGUUUGCAGACAACCUCAGACGAGGAAGGAAGUUUCUUUUAUGGUUCCUCUGUUGCCCUUUCUACCCAUCUUGAGUAUAUUUGUCAACGUGUAUCUCAUGGUUCAGCUCAGCGGAGACACGUGGAUCCGUUUCUCCAUCUGGAUGGCCAUAGGUUUCCUCAUCUAUUUUGGAUAUGGAAUCUGGCAUAGUGAUGAACGUAAGAGGCAUCUACAGAACUGUGGUGUUGCGACAGAGAAAAAGACAUUGACAGGAAAUGAAGGCACUGUGGAGUAUGUGACGCACAUAGAGAAGACUAGCCCAUGUUAAAGAGCAGCAGAUAAAACUAUAAUAGUAACUAGCUGUUAUCCAUGGCAUUCACCAACCUGCUGACAGACAUAAACUCUGUGUAUUCAGCUCUGCCUUUACUGCCAUCAUGAACAAUCACUGUAACACCUCUCAGUGCUGAUGCUCUCACCUGUGAUGUGAUAGUAGGACAUUAGGGGUGUGUGAUCUGACAAUGAAAAUUUAAUGCAUUGAUUGUGGAAUUGAUUCUG